GGCAUCCGCAUCAUUAAACGAGAUUCCUCCUCCUCUUCCUCCUCGCGACUCCCUCUCUCCCUGCUCUCCCUUUCUUUCUCUCCUCCUCCUCCUCUUCAUCCUCCUCGUCUUCUUUCUACCUCCCCUCACUGCUUGCUGCCCACUGCCCCACGAACUGAAGGCAUGAACUUCUUUACUAUCCCACCCCAGUAGUGCCAAUCCCACUACCUCCCCUCCCCUCCCCCCCCCCUCCCCAUCUCUGCUUCUCUCCCCUCUCGCUGUGUGUGAGUCUGUGUGUGUGUGUCUGUUCUUGCUUUGUUCGUGUGGACUUUGCCAUCCACCAGGUUUGCAGACAGACCAAGGGAAGGAAGAAGAAAAGACAAAAAGAAAAAAAAAAAAAAAAAGAAAAGAAAAAGAGAGAAGACUAGAGAGGGUGUGACUUGUGCCUGCGGCCGGGACAGGGCUGUUGGGUCUCUUCGUUUCUUCGACAAUAGUCUUCACAGUCUUGGAUCGACGCCACCCUCGUGCUCACAACCCUACUUUCUGAGUUGUUGCGUCGCUCCUGGUGUCAAUGCGAGGAAAUCUUUGAGCACAGGUGGAGCUUUAGUGUUCAGAGAGGAAGGUGGAGAGAGAGAGGGAGAGAGAACGAGAGAGUGAGAGAACGAGAGCACGGCAGAGGUGGUGGCCAGGGCGCGUCGUCGUGAGUGAUUGGCUUGGUCGGAGAAGAAGCCGCGGGCGGUGCGGAGUCUGUGUGUGUGUGUGUCGACGUUGGGAUUUAGAGGAGGGCCUGGAGGAACGGGGCGAAUUUCGGGGGAGAGUGCAAUGGUGGCAGUGGGGUGUUGAUAGAAGGCUUGAGGUGGGAGUGUUGGAGCUGUGGGCAGUUUUGAGCUAUGGUGAAUCGGGAGAAGGGGAGGCUCGGGAAGAGAGAUAGGAACGAGGGAGCCGAGUGCGGAGGGUAUGAGCUGAGGUUGAUGUGCAGGGGAGUGGUUGGAAGAGGAUGGGGGAAGCAACAGAAUCGCUGAAGAGCUGAGGAAGACGUGAAAUACGGCGUUCCUGGAUGCUGCCUACGUAUAGGUCUUUGCUACUGUAAUUUGCACCUGACCGGACGUUACUCGGAUCUCGUCUGACUAGAAUACUUGAGCAGUGAGUUAUGCUGAAGGUACUGCCAAUCUAUGGUGAAAAGCAGUAGCGCCAGAAGUUUUGCUUGAGGCUGAGGAACAAUCUUCAGCAGUUUUGUCAGCUUCACAAGCCACGGCAUCCGCUUAAUUGUAAUAGUGCGCUGGUAAUUACAAGUCUCGGGUCUGACAUGCCCCGGAUUAUUCAGUUGGUGAACUGGAAAAGGAGCUUUUAUGCAUGCGGUUGGUUGGAAGUGAGUUUGAGUUGUACAUCCUUUAUCUUCUCUCCAGAUGUUCUAUAAGCAAGCCAAGAAAAUCAACUAGUGUUGGACCAUUUUGUAAACUUACUAGCUGCUGUUAGAUUCUUACAGGCCUCUAAUAGCAUCUAAACGGGUGGUAAAGGUGGGAUGGUGAAAAGUAGUAGUGGUGGAGCAGAGAGGAGUUGUAGCGUCAGCUCCAUAUGAAUGAGUUGUUUGCACAAGGGAGGAGGUGCGGCAUCGCGCAUCAUGCUAGCACGGUCGACUCGGCAGAGGCUCGGGGAUGUGCAGGAUGGAGCCAGUGGGGUGCAGGCUGGGGGUACAGAAUCGGGGAGUAAUGGAGGCGUGGGAUUGUUGGACGAGAAGGUGCUAUACUUGGUGUUCAAGUCCAUGAACUGGAAUCCGUUUCUCAUUUGCCAGUAUACAUUGGUCUGCAAGCGGUUUGCGGAUGUGAUGAAGAAGGUGAUUUGGAAGGAGUUUUGUCUCUCCCGGGCGCCCAAGAUGGUUUCGCAUUUGCUGAGUGGCGCUGGAGGUCAAGGCGGCACUAUUGCUGGGGGGUGGCAGCCGCUCGGGAAGCUCAUGUUCAGCUGCCCCGGGAGCCACCAGAGUAAACAUUUUUAUUCCAAGACCAUCCCAGGACACUUUGUGUGGAAAUCAAGGUUCUCCAGGACGUCAGGAAAGAGUUUCUUGCCUAUUCAGUGUCGAUCGGACACUCUUUACAUUUCUGAUUGCUGCGAGCAUCUAGACAAUGGAGACGAUGACGAUCUGGGUGUUUACCGAGGAGUUUUUCGUGCCUUUGGAACGUCCAAGACGCGCCGGUUGCUGAUUGAAAAUCGAGUGGAUUUGGAGGAGACUGAGUUCUGUCCUUUCUGUCGUGAAAAGGUCUGGAGUAUGACAGGGGCGCAACUUGUUCCUCCAAGCGCGAUUCAAAGGCUUGGAGCCUACAAAGAUAAUGUGGACUACUUUGUGUGCGUCAAUGGGCACCUUCAUGGCAUGGCUUCAUUGAUCUCAACAUCCGACUCAGAAUUGUCGGGAGAAGACCAGUAGGUUUUAUGUCAUUGUAUUUGUAUGUAUACACAAGACCAGUCAUUGCCCUGGUCUUGAAUCAUUCAUCAAGGCACGAAAUGGGAGACCCCGCCUGAAUGGCCUGCUCUCUCGGUCAAAAUUCUACUUUUUCUUUUGCUGUAGGGGGUUGGGGGGUUGUUAAUCUAGACGUAGUAUUGGUCUUGCUACCUCCUCGGUGUUGGAACGAAACUCCCUUGUUACCGAAGUAUGGUUUAUGACCUAUUAUUUGUCACUGCAUGAAAUGAAAAAGUCUCGCUCCGGCUGACUUUCUCGCCUGUCUAUUAUGAUAAAA